AUCUGCAGGUGGCUGCUGGCUCGGAUCGACUCGGAUCGACUCCGCGGACCCUUGAAAAGAAGCAACAACAACAAAAAGUCUCAGAGGCUGAUAUAUAUGACGGUUAACGGGACCUGGAUGUUUUGAAAGUGACCGAGGAGGAGGAGGAGGAGGAGAAGCGUCUGCAGACGGAAGAAGGUGAAGAGCUCGAAGCCAGUGACUCACCCCCGUCUGCAUCUCUUCUGAGCCAUCAUCGCCAUGGAAACCCCGACCCAAAAGCGUUCGAGCCGCAGCGCCGUCUCCCCGGCCCGCAUCACCCGGCUGCAGGAGAAGGAGGACCUGUGCAACCUCAACGACCGGCUGGCCGUCUACAUCGACAAGGUGCGCUCCCUGGAGGCGGAGAACGCCGGGCUGCGGCUGCGCAUCACCGAGUCCGAGUCCUCGGUCAGCCGCGACCUCACGGGCAUGAAGACCGCCUACGAGACGGAGCUGGCGGACGCCCGCAAGACCCUGGACCAGGUGGCCAAGGAGAGGGCGCGUCUGCAGCUGGAGCUGGGAAAGAUCAGGGAGGAGCACAAGGAGCUCAAAGCCAGGAACACGAAGAAGGAGUCUGAGCUGGAGGGAGCUCUGGUCCGGCUCAGGGACCUGGAGGCCCUGCUCAACUCUAAAGACGCUUCCCUCACCACCGCCCUGGGGGAGAAGAGAACCCUGGAGGCCGAGGUCAAGGACCUCAAAGCCCAGCUGGCCAAGUUGGAGAGCAACUACACCGAAGCCAAGAAGCAGCUGCAGGACGAGAUGCUGAGGAGAGUGGACGCCGAGAACCGCCUGCAGACGCUGAAGGAGGAGCUGGAGUUCCAGAAGAACAUCCACACCGAGGAGCUGCGUGAGUCCAGGCGUCGGUACGAGUCCCGUGUGGUGGAGAUCGACAGCGGGCGGCAGCAGGAGUUUGAGAGCAAGCUGUCUGCGGCUCUGACCGAGCUCCGCGCUCAGCACGAAGACCAGGUCCGCAUCUACAAGGAGGAGCUGGAGAAGACCUACAACUCUAAGCUGGAAAACGCUCGUGGCUCAGCCGACAGGAACAGCCACUUGGUGGGAGCCGCCCACGAGGAGCUGCAGCAGACCCGAGUCCGACUAGAGAGUGUUUCAGGCCAAAUCAGCAUGCUGCAGAGCAAGCUGGCGGCCAGCGAGGCCAAGGUCCGGGAGCUGGAGGAGUCCCUGAGUCGGGAGCGGGACUUGAUGAGGCGGCGGCUGGACGACAAGGAGCGAGAGAUGGCCGAGAUCCGGGCCCGGAUGCAGCAGCAGCUGGAUGAGUACCAGGAGCUGCUGGACAUCAAACUGGCCCUGGACAUGGAGAUCAACGCUUACAGGAAGCUGCUGGAGGGAGAGGAGGAGAGGCUGCGUCUGUCUCCCAGCCCCCCUCCCACUAAGGUGACGGUGACUCGUACGUCCGGCUCCAGCCACAGUCAGACCAGCCGCCUCCUUCAGUCCUCCAGCACCUCCGGCUCCGCCUCCGCCGCCGCCACCGCCGCCUCCAGCAGCCGUAACUCCUCCGGCGCGGCCAGCUCCAAGAAGCGCCGCCUCAACGACAACGACAGCGAGACCUCCAGCAUGGUGGGCGGCACUGUGACCAAGACCCGCAUCAGCCAGCACGCCACGGCCUCCGGACGCAUCACGGUGGACGAGGUCGACCUGGAGGGAAAGUUCAUCCGCCUCAGCAACAAGGCCGACGAGGAUCAAACACUGGGAAACUGGCAGCUGAAGAGACAGGUGGGGAACGCCUCCCCCAUCGUCUACAAGUUCCCCCACAAGUUCACCCUGAAGGCUGGAGGCACCGUGACUAUCUGGGCCUCCUCUGGUGGUGGAACCCACAACCCUCCCACUGACCUGGUGUGGAAGAGCCAGAACUCGUGGGGCACCGGCGACCUCCUGCAGACGUUCCUGAUCAACUCCAACGGAGAGGAAAUGGCCACGAGGAAAGUGGAGCGCUGCCUGUUCCAGGAUGACGACGACGAUGACAUGGGAGCUCACAGCACCAGCGGAGGCGAGUACAACCUGCGCAGCCGCACGGUGAUCUGCGACUCCUGCGGGCAGCCGUCGGACCGCGGCGGCGUCUGCAGCAGCGGGGGUCUGUCCGACAGCCUCGUGCCACAUUCCUUCUUCAUGGGCACCAACGAGCCCAGACAGAAUCGGAUGAAACCAGAGAACUGCUCCGUCAUGUAAAACCAGACUCCUCCUCCUCCUGCAGCCUCAUAGGAGAAUCAUUUUCUACCGUCGGGACGUUUGUCUUCCUCCUCCUCCUCCUCCUCCCUCUUUUUUUUAUUUUAUUUUUUUUUAUUUUAUACGAUCGUGUCUUGUUUUGUGUUCAGAUUAAUCUGCAGGUUAGAUUUGCUUCCAGGGUUUUUGGGCUAAAAGGGGCUGAAGAUUAUUCAUAUUCCUGCUUUUGAGUUUUGAGUAUAUUCCAGUUGUAUCUCUGCAUGCUGACGCUCGUACUGUACUCCGCUCUGCUUGCACACACACACACACACACACACACACACACACACACAUAUAUAUAUAUAAAGCUCCUCUACCCGGUGCUGGUGCUUGGACCUGAGGCCGAGGUUUCACAUUUUACGGCAAAGCUGUCAACACUCAACACGCACAGCUAGUGGAGCCUGUCUGGACCUGGUCUCUGCAGCCACAGAGACACGAGGGGGGGGGGGCAGGUUUGUUAGUUAGAAACGCGUUUACAAUUCAGAUUGACUCUUAGAACACUAUCUUUCUACGCUACAGAGGAAGAAGCCAAAGAACUGUUCGCUCAGGUUGUUAUUUCGUUUAGUUUCUUGGCCUUUAACUCGUCUCUGAUUGGUUCAGAUGAAUAAACGAAGGAUGCACACAGAGAAAAUAAUAGUUUGAGAUGAAUAUAUUAGCAGAAGAAACAUCCUCCCGUCCCCUCGGAGAUGUUUUGUAGUUUUUGUACCAGAUGAGUUGAAUGUUUCGUAUUAUUUUCUAUUUCUACUGGAGCUACAUCAGGAACAUACCAGACAUGUAGUAGCUAUAUAAUACAAUUAUAUUUGUAGGACUCGUUCAACGCUAAGAGAUAUUUUUACAGUUUAAAGAAACACAUGUGCCUUUGGAGGAUCUGAUCUUGGCUCGCUGUCGCCUCUCGUUUGUGUUUAAAAGAUAAAUAUAUAUAUAAAAAAAAAAUUAAAAAAGCAAGAAAGGUCAUAAGGACUUUUUUAUGUUAGUUUUCUCUGAGCUUCUGGCUUCAUGAACCCCCGGGUACGAUCGUGGGGAUGUUUGCUUCACGCGCUGCUUUUUAUCGAGGGCUUAAACUCAGCUGGUAGAUUAUUAUUUUUAUUUAGUUUUAUUUUGUACCGUAGUCUGGCAGCUUCGAUCAUUUAUACUCCAGUGAAAACGCAUCAUAUCAAAGAAGCAUUUGCUGAAAAUACUUGAUGGACGGCUGUGGUGGUUUUUUUUUUUUCUUUCUUUUCUUUGUCACGUCUGACGCAUGACGACCCCUGAAGUGCCUUAAAGAGUCAGACAAGAAUCAACCAAGUGUUUAUCCACUACAGUAUCUGCAUGUUAACCUUUAUUAAGCCAGAAUUACUCUAUUUUGUAGUGUGUUCCUCUUUAAAUCCUCCCACUCAGAACAGGGCGUUUAAAGGGAUCUGCAGAACCUUUCGAAGCCUUUGAACUCCUGCUGACGUCUCGGUGGAGGUCUCAUGAACAGCUAAACGCCAAAGAUGGAAUCUCCCUGAAUAAGAUGAUGCCAAAAGCCGUUCAUUGACUCCAUGUAAUGUCUUUGUUUUGUUUUUUUCUAAUCUCAAACGACGCCUAGUAAAAUUUAUUUUUUUUUCCACUGA